AUGUGCUUACGCUUAUCAUUCAGACAAGUUUUUAAAAAACAUUUUGUUUCCAGCAAUUCAAAGACAGCUACUUCAACCAACACCAUCACUAAAGACACAACUUCUAACGUUGAAUAUCAACCUUCCAUUGACUCCAUUAUUGAAGUCCCAACUGCUAAUGUUGAUCCUGAAACUACCAUUAUUAAGAAGUCAAAACUCAAACUUGCUUUGAAGAAGGCUACAAAGAUUAUUCAUAAGAAGAAUAAAGAAGAACUCUUAGAUAAAAUACAAUCAAAUAACUGUUUACCAAGAUAUCCAGAAGAAGAUCCAUACAGUUCUAGUGAUGAGGAAGAUUAUUCAAGUGAUGAAGAUGACUGGUCAACAGUUGAGUCAGAAUCAACCUUUGAAUCAUUGAAGAAGCUCUCAAAAGUGGAGAGAUUCAAGAGAUUUUUUAAUCUCAGAAAAAGAAAAGAACCAACUUAUCAUAUUACUGUUACUGUUACCAACACACCAUUGUUAGGUCCAGGAAAAUCAUUAGCAAAAGGUCCCAUUGACAUUUCCCUUUUUGAAAAUCCUUCUCAAGAAUCAUUAAUAUGUGAGGGAAAUAUUAAAUUCAAAAGAAAUGUUGAAUGUGUUGUUUUUAAAACUGAACAAAUCGAAGAUACACAAACCUCAGAUUCUAGAUAUAAUUUAUUUAAAGGCAAGCUUUCCAAGAGUUGCUUUUCCAAAUCAUUUUGGUUGUCACAUUUUUCUUCAGGAGAACCUAUUUCGUCCUCAAAUACUACUGCUACUACUGAUGAUAUUGGUACUACAACUGCUGAUACCGGUGCUACUGAUGCUAAUACAGACACAAAUUGUCUUUUUCCAACACUUACAACCGAUAGUCUCGAACGCAAACCAAUUCUUAAAUCAAAGAACAACAUAAAUUAUGAGUUGGAGACAAAAAACUGUGUUCAAGAAGAUGAGAAAGACACUGCUGAAUUUUUUGAGUAUUUCAAUGAUAAGGACAAUGUGGAAACUGAAAGAGAUAAAAGAAGAUCACUUAUGCUGUUGAGACGUCUAGAUCAAUUAGACAACUACUACGCAUGCAACUCCUAA